CUACCGUGUCUCUGAAGGAUAGACUGGGACUGUCUGACCGACCAGACCUGUUCUGCACUGGACGACGAUGGUCAAGAGUCUCCCACCAGAGUUCUACACUGCCUACCUCUCCGAUGUUGCAAAGGAACGCAAGCCGAGCCCGAUUCGUGGACUCUAUCCACUCGAGGCCAAGCCAGGCGUGAUAUCCCUGCUUGCCGGAAAGCCCAAUGCGACCACAUUCCCGUUGACCUCCAUCAAGCUGACAUCGCGUUCGCCCACGGACCCGUCGCAGGAAACUGAGACGGAAAUGAGUGGGAAGGCAUUAGCUGAGGGCUUGCAGUAUGGCCCGACGGCAGGGCUGCCUUCGCUGGUCGAGUGGGUGUAUGGGCUGCAGGAGAGACAGCAUGGCAGGAAGAAGGGCGAGGGAUGGAGGGUCAGCAUCGGGGCGGGGUCGCAGGAUGUCAUUUACAAGGCCGUGAUGGCUAUGGUGAACGUGGGGGAUCCAGUGUUGGUGGAAAGUCCGGUCUACGCUGGAGUGCUUCCAAUGUUCCAGGCGUUGCACUGUGACUUGAUUGAGGUCGAGACCGAUGCGCAUGGUAUUCGCUCCAGCGCCCUCCGCCAGAUACUGGAGAACUGGCCUGCAUCGAAGCCCAAGCCAAAGGUACUUUACACGGUACCGUAUGGCUGUAAUCCAACUGGAAUGACCGCCACUCGGGACCGGCGGCAGGAAGUGUUCGAGCUCGCUCGGGAACACGAUUUUAUCAUUCUUGAAGACGACCCUUACUACUAUCUCUACUACGGCACUGCUCCACGCUAUCCAUCCUAUUUUGCGCUCGAACUCCAACAGCCGAAUGCGGAGGUCGGACGCGUACUCCGCUUCGACAGUCUCUCCAAGAUCCUCUCAUCCGGCAUCCGGAUCGGAUUCGCAUGUGGCCCAGAGCCUCUGAUGACGGCGAUUGACAUGCAUACCGCUGUUGCGAACCUGCAGACGUCUUCACUCACACAGACGAUCACGCAUGCACUACUCGAUACAUGGGGCUACGACGGGUUCAAGACGCACACGGAGACUGUGUCCGCAUUUUACCGUGAGAAGCGAGACGUGUUUGAGAGUGCGCUCAAGCGGCACCUCAGCGGGCUUGCGGAGUGGAGCACGCCCGAGGCCGGAAUGUUUUUCUGGUUCAAGCUGCUAUUGACAGAAGACGCGGCAUCGUCCGACGACGGCGACUCAGAGAGUAUCAUCCGGACAAAGGCGUACGAGCGGGGUGUGCUCGCGCUGCCGGGGACGGUCUUUCUUCCCAGUGGAAGGAAGACGGCGUAUGUAAGAGCAGCGUUCAGCUUGUUGACGGAAGAGGACGUGGAGGAGGCGGUGAAACGGCUGAGGGAAACGGUGUUGGAGGCGAAGCAGUCGGCGGGGAGCUCUUGAACUAGCUCGCGAUGAGUAUCGCCCGAAGGAUCUCUAUGGUUGUCGUAGUAAAAGCAAACUCGCCAGCGGCUCGGCCGCAUGGGAGAUCCACUGUGUAGCGUUAGCAGUGAAGUGUUGGCUUGAUGCAACCCCCCGGCGAUUGCGAUGGGUAAUGCCUUCCAUUCUGUCCUUUCGCUCGCUUCCACCCGCUGCGCUCAUGAGCAGCGGGUCAGCAACAUAGAGCGAAGGCAGCCCCGUAGCGUGCUAGGUGGCAG